AUGUCCGAGGAUUGGGCACACAUCGUUUUUGUCGCCCGGCUUUCGAGUGGCGAGCGGGCGAAGGUCAACACCACCCUGCGCGACAGUCUCAACCACACCAUGAACUGUUAUGAGCUUGUUUACGGGCCAAUUAGGUGCACGACAGAUUUUUUGACAUUUGCGCACAUGUCGAAUCUACCGCUCGCUAUUCAUGGCGAGGUUGAUAGAUUCUUCGCCCAGGCGAUAAACGCAGCGAAGGCCACGGACGGCAAGCUUCUGGUCGUGAUGAAUGGCUGGGACGGACUGACUACGGAUCCAGCCUCAUUCAUGGGGAUGUUGCGAGCUAAUGCUUCCCGUAUUACAAUCCGUGUGUUCGCUGAAGUACCGCGCUCCUUUUGGCAGGUCAACGUCGAGCAGGCAAUCAAGGUCUUUGAUGGGACCAUUCGCAUCAAUCCUUACCUCGAGGGACUUAUGUCUCACGACCCUUUCGACGCAGAGACACAAGAGCGAUUUCGCAUCGCAGAAGCCCAGCUUGAGCACUCAACCGCUCGAUUCUGCCGCGAGCUUAUUUGCUUACAGGCUAUAAAAAUGGACUAUGCGAGCGUGAAGCAGGCACUACAGAAGCACAGCAAACAGCGAAACACGGACCCUGGUAUGGCUCGCACUCUUGAUAAGUGGAAAUGCCCUGAACCAAACUGCGGUAAAGCGUUUCCCGAGUAUACCACCUACUAUGCUCACAGACGCAUCCACGUUGGUGAACGCACUCAGUUCCAUUGCGGCCACUGCGAUCAGCCUUUCACGCGAAAGGAUACCCGCGAUCGCCAUCAGAAUAACACUUGCCCGAAGCGACCAGGUCAAGAUAUAAUUCUACCUGCACCGAAAAAGCCCAAAGCAGCACGAGGGAGUCUGCCAGCUAAGAUUCUCAAGGGCAUGCCGCGAAACUCCGAUGGUUCGACAGAUUACUACGGGCUUCAUGCGGAGCAAAUCCAGGCACUACCUCGACUUGAACUCGAUCAUGACAUCCUAUCCUCACUCCCCCUGAUCGAUGAGAAGUGCGACGUGAUUUAUAAAGGUGAAAUUUACUGUCGGUGGCCUGAUUGCAAGACCGUCACCAAAUACGCCAGCACCACCAAGCUCCGCGUUCACUACCUGAAUUCCCACCGCCAUGAGUUUCCUGACUUCACACCAGGCACGUUGGAAAAGCGCUCGCAGCAAAAGCAUAUAGAAGGUCUUUUGUGGCUUACCAAGGCUGCGUUGCAUGGAGUGGAGAAUGCUGGAGAGAAGCCCUAUCCCGAGGCGCAGUAG